AUGGUUCAUCUGGGGAACUUGAAGUUUUGUCUUGUCUGCACUGCCAUCGACCGACGUGGUGGCGAUCGUCGUCAGCCUAUUUGGAUCACCACGUUCCGAAUCGACGGCAAUGAAAAAGGAGAAAGCUCUAUCAAGACCUUGCAUCUAGCUGUUUAUGAUGUGGUGGUGGACUUCAAGGACAAGUACAAUUUCUAUAUCGAUUUCAGCUUCACUCCGGAAGUUUCACUCAAUACACGGGUCCUAUUGAAAAAUUCUUAA